UCUCUCGCCCUGCCUUUCUAAGAAAUGCUUUACACCAAAUGGUGAAUAGACAGGAAAAUUCCUUGCACCAAAUGCUGAAAGGACAGGAAAGUUCACUCUCGUCGUCUUGCCGGGAAAACCCGGUCAACCCGCCGCCGGCGGAAACCCACCAUGCAAAAGCCAUUUGUUGCAUGUCCGGCAUUAUUCAACUCAUUUUUAAGUCCCAAAACCGGAAUAAGCUCCUUACUUUUGGGAGGAAACAACAAGAAAAAGUUGCAUUAUCUACUCCAAGAAAUGCUACAAAAGCUUCUCCUUCUAUCAAAGAAGAUAUUAGAAGAUUACACAGUGAAAGCCAAAUUCUCGAUUCCAAGGGAUUAUCGAGCAAUAUUAUACCAAGAAGUCCCACACUUUCACCGGAGAUUCGACGAUCAAAUGCCGGAAGCUCUUCAGUAAAUCGGAAAACACCGUCUUCUUUGGUGGCGCGGCUGAUGGGAUUGGAGGAAAUUUUGAUUAAAAAGCCUGCAUUAAACGAAGAUCCCAUCGCAGAGAAGAGGAAAAGAAUACUACAAGCCUUGGACAAAUGCAAUGAGGACUUGGAAGCGCUGAAAGAGAUAAUCAGGAGGGUGCAAUCUUCUGAUAAACAUCUUCAGCCGCCACAGGGUGGAGGCGGUGUUGGUGGCGGAAAUGAACAACAUUCUUUGGACACGAAAGCCGAGGAGCUGAGUCCAGUCUGCGUGCUAGACGAGUUCACUCGUUCACCUCUGACCCUGAGUAGCUUCUCCAAAUUACAGAAUAAUGGGAUAGUACAUGCUCCACAUCAGCUAAAGACUAGUCUAUCUAAGAAGCCAGGAGAAGACGACCAUACAAUUGUGUAUAGAUCUUUAUUUCAAGUAAGAAGGGAGGGCGCGGUGUCUCCUGGAUGGAUCACCAGGGCUAAGUUACAAAGUGUAGAUGAAGUGCGUAGUGACAUUGCAUGGGGUGAAAAAAGAGAAGUUGAGAGAAUAGGGUUAGUUUUGGAAGAUUACAUAUGCAGAGAUUUGAUUGAAGAGUAUGUUAAAGAGUCGAUGAAAUGUUUUUCUAUGUAUUCGCUCCCCCUCGAGGCUUGCAAGAGAAGACUUUUAUUCUAAUCUGUAGUUCGAGGUUAGAGGUGUUCUUUCUUUUUGUUUCUUGAUUCUUUUUCGAUUAAUAUGCACUUACAAUUUUCGAAACAAGUAUUUGAGUCGUUAUGUUUUUA